AUGAUUUCCUCAGUAUUUCAUCGGUAUAUUCCGAGGAAAUUCUGAGGAACCCCAAAUUUUGGGUUUCCUCGGAAUUUCCUCGGAAAUUUGUUGGAAUAUUCCGAGGAUCUCAUUUUCCGUCAGAAUGUCCGUCAGAAUUACGCUGUUUUCUUGUAGUGUAUGAGUUACACGAAAGCUUUACUGGAACCGAAAUCAGAGUCCAAACUUUGUGGAAUCUUACGGUUGAAAGCUUACAGUUCUGAUUUGGAAUCACGAUUUCGUCUAAAAAAUCACAAUAUCAUAGAUAAAUCAAAAAUAUAAAAUCAUGUUUUUGUUUCUAUAUAAAAUCUAAAAUUUAAUAGUAAUGAAAUUUAGAGAAUAGAAAUAUAUAGAAUUAGUACGAUAAUUAUUUUUAUGCGUUGAGAUUUUUAUUAGAGAUAUAGUAUAUGUAUAUUUAAGUAAAUACAUGUCAAUUAUUUAUGAAAUGUUAAAAAUGAUUAAUAUAAUAAUUUCCAAUUAAUUUAUGUGUAUUUUCUCACAGCUGAAACCUAUUACAUGUGUCACAACUGACUCACACGUUGACACUUCGUCAAGAGGAAGACCAUCCAAGCUUGAAUGUAAUUGCCCCAAAUUAUGUCAGUUUUCUGCUAUAAUUAGUUGCUAUAUUGUAUCUUCCCCUAUUAUCAUUUCACGAAUUAAAUCUGUUCCACAAAUUUUUCUUAUUAAUAAAAAACUUGAAGAAUCGCAUAUUUUAAGGUAAUUCAGUCAAUCUAAAGCUUUCCAAAUUCCAAUCAAAGUCUACGUCCCAUGAAAUUACACGUAAAGCUUCUUUCCAAACAAUGUAAAGUUUUGUGCCAUGCAUCAUAACAAGCGCCGAAGUUUAUGUUUCCUUGUCUAAACAUUUGUAAUUUUGUUUUUUUUUUCAUUUCGUUCAUUUUUUUUCCGAUGAGUUUCAGAAACUCUUUCAAAUCUCACAGCACGUACAAACAGAUACGAAGCCCCGGUAAUCAAAGCGAAGCAAACCCUGAGAACCGUCCGAUUCUCCAUGACCACGAUCACCACCUUGGCAUGGCCCACCGCAAAACAGAGAGCUCUCGUUCUAGCCUCGACGACGGCCGAAACGCACCCCUGGACCGAGAUUCCAGCUACAAGUUCUGGCAAGAAAACACUGGAACUUCCGAGGAGCCGGCACGAACCAGCCUUAAAGAUCCGACCACUAUUAAUCGACAGAGCGGGACACUGAGCGACAGCUUCAACUUCGGAUCAGGGAAGCCGCAGCCGCCUAUGGAGGAGCCAAAGUCUGGAGGAGAACAUCGACAAUGGGGAGGUAGAGGAGAGAUCACACUCGACGUGGAUCAUGACAACGAUGACGUAAGUCACCAGACACAACCAACCCCUACAUCAACGGCUCGUUCAUCAUUCGACCCGGCGAGGGACUUACGAGUCUCUUUCAACGUUCAAAAAGCUGGUAUAAACUUCGUCGGCUCGGUUCCAUCUUCGUCCACUACUCCAAGGUCCACUACUCCUUCGUCUUGUUGUUCGCCCAGAACAAUGAGGACGAAUCAAGAGUCCCAUCAGCAGGAAGAAGAGGUUGUGAGAUGCACAUCAAACAGGUCGUUUCAGAGGAAAGCAGAGCUUGUUUCAAGAACCAAGACAAGAUCCAGGCUUCAAGAUCCGCCACCCGAGGAAGACUCAUCGUACUCUGGAUGGCGAUCGGGUCAGUUAAAAUCCGGUUUACUCGGGGAUAUCGAUGAAGAGGAUGAUCCAUUAGCGGAGGAAGAUAUACCUGACGAGUAUAAGAAAGGGAAACUCGACGCUAUAACCUUGCUCGAGUGGCUUAGCUUAGUGGCUAUAAUAGCUGCAUUAGCGUGUAGUUUAUCGAUUCCUUCUUGGAAGAAAGUGAGAGUUUGGAACCUUCAUUUAUGGAAAUGGGAAGUGUUCUUGCUUGUUCUUAUAUGCGGGAGGCUGGUCUCUGGAUGGGGAAUCAGAAUCGUCGUCUUCUUCAUCGAGAGAAACUUUCUUUUGCGAAAACGAGUUCUUUACUUUGUCUACGGUGUCCGGAGAGCUGUUCAGAACUGUCUCUGGCUCAGUAUGGUUCUUAUCGCUUGGCGUUACUUGUUCGACAAGAAAGUGCAAAGAGAGACGGAUAGCAAGUUUCUUCCUUACGUAACCAAGAUCUUGGUGUGUUUCUUGUUGAGCACUAUCUUGUGGUUGAUCAAGACGCUGGUGGUCAAAGUUCUCGCUUCUUCGUUCCACGUCAGUACUUACUUUGACCGGAUUCAAGAAGCUUUGUUUAACCAGUACGUGAUUGAGACGUUGUCGGGUCCUCCCAUGAUUGAGCUGAGCAGGAUUGAGGAAGAGGAAGAGAGGGCGCAACAAGAGAUUUUCAAGCUGCAGAACGCAGGUGCUAAGUUACCGCCUGAUCUCUGCGCGGCUGCGUUCCCGCCGAGAAAGAGCGGGAGAGUGCUGAAUCCGAAACUCUCAACGGUCAUCUCGAAAUCAGCAGCUGAUGGUGGAAUCAGCGUGAAGCACCUUCAGAGUAUGAAUCACAAGAACAUCUCAGCUUGGAACAUGAAGAGGCUAAUGAAGAUUGUGAGGCAUGUUUCGCUCACCACGUUGGACGAGCAGAUGCAAGAAACCACGAACGAAGAUGAAUCCACCCGACAGAUACGGAGCGAAAAAGAAGCUAAAGCAGCUGCAAGGAAGAUUUUCACAAACGUGGCUCGACGCGGUUCAAAGCACAUUUACUUGGAUGAUUUGAUGAGAUUUUUGCGUGAAGACGAGGCGGUGAAGACAAUGUACCUCUUCGAAGGUGCACCAGAGACAAGAAAGAUCAGCAAAUCAGCUUUGAAGAAUUGGCUGGUCAAUGCUUUCAGAGAGCGAAGAGCUCUUACCCUGACACUCAACGACACCAAAACAGCUGUGAACAAGCUUCAUCACAUGAUCAAUAUUGUCACUGCCAUUGUCAUAGCUGUAAUAUCGCUUGUACUUCUGGAAAUCGCAUCCUCCAAAAUACUUCUCUUUGUAAGUUCACAAGUUGUACUACUGGCCUUCAUCUUUGGGAACACGGUCAAGACUGUCUUCGAGUCAAUCAUCUUCUUGUUCAUCGUGCAUCCUUACGAUGUUGGUGAUCGCUGUGAGAUUGACGAUGUACAGUUGGUGGUGGAGGAGAUGAACAUACUUACCACAGUGUUCUUGAGAUAUGACAAUCUGAAGAUUAUGUAUCCGAAUAGUCUUCUAUGGCAGAAAUCGAUCAGCAAUUACUACCGCAGUCCAGACAUGACUGAUACAAUCGAGUUUUGUAUCCACAUUACUACUCCUCAUGAAAAGAUUGCAACGAUCAGGCAAAGAAUAUCAAACUACAUUGACAACAAGCCAGAGUAUUGGCACCCAUCAGCUAAGAUCGUUGUAAAGAACGUGGAACAGUUGAACAUGGUAAGGUUAGUAAUUUGGCCAGAUCACAGGUUUAAUUUCCAAGACAUACUUGAGAGAUGGGCAAGAAGAUCCGUCUUGGUCGAAGAAAUAAUUAAGAUCCUCCUCGAACUCGACAUUGAGUACCGGUUUUAUCCAAUGGGUAUCAAUGUCAAAGCAAUGCCUACAGUUGUCUCCAGCAGAGUUCCACAAGGCUGGUCGCAAACCCCUGCUUGAACUUCAUGAAGAGACCCUACUGCUUUUCUUUUUGCCUAAAUGUAAGCAAAAGCAGUAAACAAAUUUUGUAACCAAGAUACAGUAGUUAGUUUCUAAAUACCAAUCAUUAACCAUCUAUGACUCUACUCUUACAUGUGUAAGGAAACAAUUGUAUACUAUUUUGCACAGUUAAGGCUAAUUUCAUUUCCAUCCACUGAAUCAUUACAGUUUAAUUUGACAUUUUGAAGAUUAAUAUUUCACCUUUUGGCAUGUGAUACCACAAACACCAACCCAUGAAUCAAAUCUUGCAUGUGCUUUUAGGAUGAAGGAAAAUCUAUAACCUCUUGACUAAUCACACACUUAAGCCUAAUCUCAUCCAACCAUUUAAUAAUUACUAAUAACAAGAAAUUGUGUCAAAUUUUGUUACCUUCUGCUUCUAAUCUAUGAAUUACUGUAUUCAUAUCUAACAUGCAUUAUAGUUUCUUACUGAGUAGAGCCCUGAAGAUCCAAUCAGCUAUGGAUUCUAAGAUCAUAUCAUGGUGAUUUAUUUCUGAGUAUAACUGGAGAAAAAAUAAACCACCGAAGUCUAAGGUUUUUUAUCUCCUCCUUAAUGACGUGACGAACAAGGGAAACAUGAAUAAAAUGUCGCAGGUACUCAAGGUAUUCAAUGAAUGACUAAGAGAAGGUGUUGUGUUUAGGUGCUAAAUCUUAUUAAAUGUGCCAACCCUAAUACUACAAAAAUCAUCAUCAUACCAAAAUAGAACGUGAUAUGUGCAAAAACAUUGUAUUAAAUUUAGUGAUCGUUAGUCAAAACACGAAUUAAUUGCUAUAUUAAGAUUAAUCCAACUCAUGGAGGUUUAAAAACUCGUAAACACAUCACAAUUGUUAAUACAGUUGAGUAACAGAGAAUCAAAAAAGAUCAUAAUGCGAUUAAAUACAAA